AUUUUGCAAUCAUUUCCUUUCCUUAAUCACAGUUGAAAAUAAGCUGAACCGUUCAGCCUGAAUGUUAAACCUUGACUACUACAUUCGGGGAGGGUGACACGGAUACAACUUCACAGCCACAAAAUCUGAGAGCUAUAAUGGAGGAUUAUAUCUUUGACUAUAAUUACACUGCGAAGUGUGAAGACUGUGAAGGUUUUGUCAUUGACCCCACUGAAGACCUGGUAUCUACCUUAGGUGUACAGCAUUGGGUUGCUCUGAUCUGCUACGGCAUUGUCUUUCUGCUGGGGGUCCCGGGCAAUGGUCUGGUAGUUUGGGUGACCGCAUUCAGAAUGCCAAACUCGGUCAACGCACAGUGGUUUCUAAAUCUGGCCAUCGCUGAUCUGUUGUGCUGCCUAUCUCUGCCUCUGCUGAUGGUACCGCUCGCUCAAGACCAGCAUUGGCCUUUUGGUCCUUUGGCUUGCAAAGUACUACACAGUCUGUUCUACAUGAUGAUGUACUGCAGCGUUCUGCUUUUGGUCGUAAUCAGCUUGGACCGCCUUUUACUGGUGACCAAACCCGUCUGGUGUCAGAACCACAGGAAUACGAAGGUAGCCCGGUGCACCUGCUUGGCCGUUUGGCUGCUGGCUCUGUUGGGUAGCUCUCCGCAGUUUGUGCAUAGGAUGGAAAAAACACUAAGUAAGACUAAAAUUAUUUGUGCUAAUGAGCAUCAUAGCCAUGGUCAAGCCCUGGCUCUGACUCUCUCUCGUAUUCUCCUGUCUUUUGUGUUACCCUUCUUGAUCAUCUGUGUCAGCCACUGGAAGGUUUAUCAGACGUCAAAGUUUGGACGGGGCAGCCGCGGCAAUAGCAAGUCAGCCCGGACGCUGCGUGUUAUUAUUGUUCUGGUGUCAUCCUUUUUCCUGUGCUGGAUUCCUCUGCACAUUGUGGAUAUCCUUGACAUAAUACUGCACGAUAAAUUUGAAUUACGUGCCAACCUGCGUUUAGCCCAGGUGUUAACGCUUUGCUUGGCUUACAUUAACAGCUGUCUGAAUCCUCUACUCUAUGUGUGUCUCGGGCGUGGUUUCAAAGAAAAUCUGAUAAGUUCACUGCGUAGUGUGCUUCACUUUGCAUCCGAGGCACCGAUCUCUCGAAAUACCAUGACUGCAAGCUCUAAAACAACCACAGACGGCAGCAGCUGUAAAACCCAAAUGAACAUUUACAUGAACACUUCAACCAGGAUAUAGGAAAUAUCGUUUUCUCAGUGCAACAGUAAUGAAGAUUUUUUUCCCAAAACUAUGGCCCUUGGUGAUUCAUAAAAUGCAAGUCCAGAGCCUAGAGUCAAGUAAAAACAGGCCACACAAAAUGAAUCCUACUGACAAUAGUUUGAAAUCUUAGAAGAGAAAAACAACCUGUCUUUACAAGAAACUGAAAACUGUUGACAGCAUUGGAACCUAAUUCAUAACCUCAGUCAAAUGGUGCUGAAUCAUCGUCACCAAACACCGCAGUUUCAACUAGAAAUCCUGUAUUAGUUAAAUUACACAUCCACUUUUAAAUGUCUAUGAAGAAAUGUAUCUUCACAUGUAGCAUGCCAACAUUUGUACAGUGCUAGAGGAUUAUUAUUACUUUUUUAAUAAAUAAAGUAUUUUGCAGCAUAAGAUUGUUAAAUAAUCGCUUGAUUUGUUAAACCAAACAAAUAACUAACUAUGAUUAGGACCACUAAGACCAUAGAGUCUCUAUGUCUUUAACUUACUGGUUUUAUGUAGGCUAUAUGUAAAUGUAUAAUAAUGUAAAUGCAUAUGUGCCUGACAACGCUCUAGAUGUCAGUAAAUUGUAAAUUUAUUCCUAACCCUAAAAUUAAAAAUAGAAGAUUAAGUUUAUUUUAAUAAUUAAGAAUUAUGCAAUAAUUUAUAUAUUUUAUAUUUAAAAAUAAUAAAAUUUGAAAACACCUCAUGCCCAAAAUGCUAUAAAUAAGCCAUAAGUCUCAACUAGUUUUGAUCAAAAUUUCAAUUAGAAAUUACAAAAAAUGAAGUUUUUGUGACACUUUUAGUGCUUUUAUCAACAACCACUGUCAUUGGUUUGCUAUACUAUUGUCAGAAAUGUACAAAUUACUGUCACUGCAUUAUUAAUACUGUUAAAAGAUUUUGAAAUAUGAAGACUAUGCUCUUAGAAGUUUCCAAUUAUAUACAGGAUGUCAAAAUAUUUGUGUUUUAAACAUGUAAUACCAGUUGGCCCACCUGAGCACCCAUGACAUUUUAGAAAAUUGCUCUCACUAUAUUAUUUUUUUUCUAAAUCGGUGAUACAUAUUUGAAAACUAGACGCUUUCCACAAAACUGAAGCUUUCCAAUAAUGUAUAGUUUGUCAAGAUUAUUGUAGUUUUGUUAAUAGUUGUAUAAAAAAACAUUUGGACCCACCUGUGGGCCAGUGACAGUUAAGGGAUUUUAAAGGAAUAAAGCUGAAAAAGUAAUUUUCAUUUUUAUUUUCACAUGUCAGCAUAGCAGCAACAAUAUUUGUAUAAGGUCCAUAAUCCACUAUUGAAAUUUUUGACGUGUGUUUGCAACUAUGAUUUUUCCAUAUAACCAAGUUUUUGCUCUGUCAACAUAAUGCUAAAUUUAUCACUCUGUGGAAAAUGAACAAUACAAAAUGUUGAGCAAUGAUUAUGUUUCUUAAUCAACCUUUCUUGCAAGUGUAUGUUCCUGAUAGUUCUAUUAUAAAAUUUAAUACCUCCAUGUACUCCUAGACAAUGCUUAUAACAUAGUUUUAAAAUGAGUCCUACUCACUCGUUUUUAAAUAAUACAUUUGAAAAAAAUCCAUGUAACUUCAAAUACUCUAUCCUAAACUAUAUAAAACUGCAAUGCUUUCUUGUUCUUUGUUUCUAUUUCAUGUGAAUCUGCUUUGAAAUGAUGAACAAUUGUAAAAAGCGCUAUAUAAAUUGCACUGAAUAUUAGUUUUUAUCUUUGUUUUACAGUUUUUGUGUUUCGCAAACCUGAAACCAAUGCUUGUUGUUCUGUUGUAUAUACAAUUACUUACUGUGGUAGGGUGCUAUUGAAAUAUUCCUUUGAUCAGACUGAAAAUAUAAAGUAACUUUGUGUCCCAAUUAAUUUGUUGUCCUGGAUCCACUGCACCACUUUUGUAUCUAUAAAUAAAGUUUUUUCAGUC